GCAUCGCAGUGUUUCGUGAUCAUGUUGUGCUAAUUACAUAGUCCACGUAGAGUGGAAAAACGCUGAAUAUUUAAUUCAGUAAAAGAAAAAUAUCUAGUGUGUUGGACGUGUGUUGUGUAAUGUAAAAAUGCAUGGUUGUAAGUUAAUUGUACUGUGAAUUCAAUCUCAUGUUUCGCCGUACGAAAAAUGAUGGAUUGCAAGAUUAUGUUCAAGUCCCGCUUUGGGAUACCCCGGAAACGGAAAAAAAGUAUAGUAAAACUCAUUCAAACCCGGAGGAGACUGGAGUACAAGGAUUGAGUGACGUCGGCGUAGGCGCAGGAGACAUGUGGAUCAGCGCUGUUGAGAGUUCUAUUCUUAGCUGGGAGGAGGUGGCUGAUCGUCUGCAGGUGGAAGUCAGGCGAGGUCUAUCAUGGCGAGACGCAAAUGAUCGCAUGAACUUCGUGGGUCCCAACGAGUUCCAGGUGAAAGAGGAAGAUCCAUUAUGGAAGAAGUACAUCGAGCAGUUCCAGAACCCUUUGAUACUUCUGUUGUUAGGCUCCGCUGUCGUAAGCAUUUGUAUGAAGCAAUUCGAUGAUGCGGUGUCUAUAACAGUGGCAAUUAUGAUCGUGGUAACGGUGGCCUUCGUUCAGGAGUAUCGAUCUGAGAAAUCCCUUGAAGAACUGAAUAAGCUUGUCCCGCCCAGUUGCAAUUGCCUCCGCGAAGGUAGCCUCGAACAUUUUCUGGCAAGAAACCUAGUACCAGGCGACAUAGUGCAUCUGAAUGUUGGCGAUCGGGUACCAGCUGAUCUACGACUGUUUGAAUCGUCUGAUUUGGCCAUUGAUGAAUCGUCAUUUACUGGUGAAACAGAACCAGCAGUGAAAAGUGUUCUGCCGAAUAAAGCAUCCGCUGGAAGGGUGAACAAAGACAACAUUGCGUUUAUGGGGACGCUGGUUAGGUGUGGGAAUGCUAAGGGCAUAGUAGUAAGCACUGGCGAGCGAUCUGAAUUCGGUGAUAUAUUCCGUAUGAUGCAAGCCGAGGAAGCACCAAAAACACCUCUUCAGCGAUCCAUGGAUACUCUUGGAGCACAAUUAUCGCUGUACAGCUUCUGCAUCAUUGGCUUCAUCAUGGUGGCUGGGUGGCUUCAGGGCAAGGCUUUGCAGGAGAUGUUCACUAUUGGAGUCAGUUUGGCCGUGGCUGCCAUACCAGAAGGUCUGCCCAUAGUGGUAACAGUGACACUAGCACUAGGAGUGAUGCGUAUGGCCAAACGGAACGCGAUUGUCAAAAAACUACCCACAGUUGAGACUCUUGGAUGUGUCAAUGUCAUUUGCAGUGACAAGACAGGUACCCUUACAAAGAAUGAAAUGACAGUGACAACACUUUCAACGUCCGGGGGACAUAUAGCCGAAGUGUCAGGUUCGGGAUACAACUCCAAAGGGGACAUUCAGCUAAGAGCUUAUAAAGGACGAGACCUGGAUAUUGCCAGGAUGGGAGUCAAUAGUAUGCUGGAGGUUGGUAUAUUAUGCAACAACGCACACAUAAGGGAUGAAAUAUUGUUCGGACAACCCACAGAGGGCGCUAUACUUGCGUGUGCGCUUAAAAACAAUAUGGAGGAUAUACGUGAAACUUAUACACGCCUGAACGAGAUACCGUAUAGCUCUGAAACAAAGAUGAUGGUGGUUAAAUGUGCUCCCAAAUUUAACGACGGGCAACACAAAGAAGAGGUAUUCGUUAAGGGGGCAAUUGAGAAUGUGUUGCCACUUUGCACACAUUACAUAGACAGUGCUGGCAACUAUGCAGUUAUGAGUAAAGAGAAACAGACCGACUUUAUGAAUGAGGCUUAUAAUAUCGCUAGGAUGGGUCUACGUAUAAUCGCGUUAUGUCGCGGUAGCAGUCUUGAAUCGUUAACGUAUACGGGCGUGUGCGGAGUCUGCGAUCCGCCCCGCGAGUCCGCUCGUACGGCCAUCGCUGCCUUACGAAGAUCUCAAGUGCAGGUCAAGAUGGUCACUGGGGACGCCAGGCCUACUGCCCUUGCUGUUGGACAAAUGGUGGGCUUGGAUGUUCUCCAUUCGCAGUCCCUGUCUGGAGAACAGCUAGAUUCAAUGUCUGAUGAUGAACUGGAUGCAAUCAUAGAUACCGUGAGCGUGUUUUACCGAGUGACGCCAAAGCACAAGUUAUGCAUCGUGAAAUCUCUUCAACGGCUUGGGAAUAUAGUUGGAAUGACGGGUGAUGGGGUAAAUGACGGUGUGGCGUUGAAACGCGCGGAUAUCGGGAUAGCGAUGGGAAAAAACGGAACGGACGUGUGCAAAGAAGCCGCCGACAUGAUACUUGUUGAUGACGAUUUUGCUACUAUUAUAUCCGCAAUCGAAGAAGGAAAGUGCAUAUUCUACAAUAUACGGAACUUCGUGCGUUUCCAACUGUCAACAUCAAUCGCUGCGUUGUCGCUUAUCGCUCUCGCUACUCUCAUGGGCAUACCUAAUCCGCUCAACGCCAUGCAAAUAUUGUGGAUUAAUAUUAUUAUGGACGGUCCCCCAGCUCAGUCGCUGGGAGUAGAACCUGUAGACCACGAGGUCUUAAAACGCAAACCACGCGACACAUCACGACGGAUCCUCUCCCGCGCAGUACUUGGCUCAGUACUGCUGUCCGCUGCCAUCAUCAUAGCUGGGACUUUGUGGGUGUUUAAUAGGGAGAUGUCCGACAACAAAAUAACCCCCCGCGAUACGACGAUGACAUUCACAUGUUUCGUCUUGUUCGACAUGUUCAAUGCCCUGUCGUGUCGUUCGCAGACCAAGUCGAUAUUCGAAGUGGGACUAUUCUCUAACAAAAUGUUCCUGAUAGCGGUGACGCUAAGUUUGAUAGGACAAAUGCUUGUCAUAUACUUCCCGCCGUUACAAAGGGUGUUCCAGACUGAAGCGCUUACUGGACAUGAUCUGAUAUUCCUCGUGUGCUUGACGUCAAGCGUGUUCAUAGUGAGCGAAGCUAAAAAACUAAUAGAGCGUACGAUCAAGAGGCGAUCCUUCCCAAAGUUUUCGACGAAGGCCCGCGAUGCGAUGGAUUUUGUAUGACAGGAGCCCGAGAAAAUGGAUUAGGCGAGUCUGACAUGUGUCACGCUGACACCUGUCAGUAUGAGGCGCGUGACAGUGGCUGUCAGUCUGACGCGGCCCGACAUGACGUAUGUCAAGCCGAAACGCGUCAGUCUGGCAGCAGUCGCGCCUUCGUUGUGUUAGAUCUGCAGGACAGUAACGAAGACGCUAAGCGUCAUAGAAAGUUUAAACUGUGCAAACACUUAUUUAAAACUAAUAAUUAUGACCCAGUGAAUGACUCGUGUAUAAGUGAUACCCGUUUUAGUAAAAAAAGACAAAUUGUGUCGAGGUCGUGUCAAACAGACCAGUUGGAUAACGUUGUAUGGAUGCUUGAUGAGUGUGAUAUCGAUAGACCAAUAUUUGUUAGACGAAAAUCGACUAAGCGUGACAAACACAGGAACCAAGCUAAAGAAUUUAAGUCUGAGAAAUCAGAUGUGACCAGUAAAAGUGAAAGCAAAGACCCCCUCUCUCAUUCAGUUGCCAUUAAUCUGUCAUUAACGCCACAGUCAGGACCAAAUUCUUUGAUUGAUGAAGCUAUGACGUCAAAUGAGAGCUGUCAGACGUCUUUCAUCGAUACACGUGUGACAAAUGAAACAUGUCACAAUGUGAUGUUUGAAGUCCCGUUAGGACCUCUAGAGGGUCCAUCUGACAGAUGUCAGAUCAUUGACACACCGUUGACAGGUAGGCCUAAAGACCGAGAGAGCGAUAAAUCGGAUCAAGGACCAUUUGCUAUUUACGAUGGCAAAAUUAAUAUUCCAAUGCGUUUUUAAUGUUAAACAUUAUUAGAUGUAUAAUUUUUUUUUACACUUUCAAUAUUAAUUGCUUAAUCGGUUUUUGUUGUAAGAAUGGAUCAAAUAAUAUUAGAUUAGUGGAAUAUUAUAAAUAAGGUCUACGUUUUAAUGUCUAGUUGUUAGGGAGCGUUCAAGUAUUACGUCACGUAAUUUUUGAAGAUUGACACACACACACACACACACACACCUUUUAACGCGCCGUAACGUUUUUCUGUACCCUAGUAUAGUACUGUUCUCAAGUAUACUAAAACGUUUCGUGACCAGCUAGUGACUCUUUACACCUAAAAGUUACCAUUAUGUGGUGUAAAGUACUGGAAAGUCGAAAAUAUAGUCGUAAUUCAAUCCACGCCCCGCAUAGUAUCUUUUUACAAAAGGCCCCCCCCCCCCCCCCAAAAUUCGUAACGUAAUACUUGAACGCUCCCUUACCUGUCUUCACUGUAAUUUAACUUUCCAACUCAAAUUUAGGGCCUAUAUAAAACGUCUUAACUCAAAAUCCAUUUAGUUCUGUCAAAUAAACUGUUUGACAGAUGCUAAAAUUAGAUUUGAGGUUACGAUUUACAAUACAGGCCUAAAUUUGUUUUAUCUAGUUAUGAAGGUUCUGUAUUAAAAAAAAAAAAAUCCUAUAGCACCGCUUAAGAGUAACUGUCUCUUUUCAUCACAGCGUAAACACGAUGUAAUAGAAAGAGACAACAGAUUAGAUACAUUUAGUUAAUAAGGGAGUAAAAAUUUAAGUCUCCGGGCAUUUUGUAUCGCAGUAUUGUGACUUAAGUUUAAUAAGGUGACUUUUUAAUUCCUACGCUUAUUUUGAUAUUAUAUUUUCUAGUUAAUUUAUGCUUCUAAUGAAAAAAAAAACCUUUUAAACGCCUCUUUAGUGUUUAUGACACAUUGAAUGUGUGCUUGGAGGUGCUAGGUUUGAUUUAAAAGUUUUUUUAUUUCGGGUAUAAUUCCAUGACUACGUUUGAUAUCUAGAUUUUUUUAAAGUAUCAGAUUUAUUUUAUUUUUGAACUUGCUCGUUAUAUAUCGAUAUCUUGUCUAUGGAUGAAUUGGCUCUAAUUUUUUUAGUGCAUAUAAUAAUGUAAAGUACAGUUUAAUGUAGUUUAAUUGCCAGUGUAUAAAGCUUUCAUUAUUGUAAAUAUUAUUAUUUUAAAUCGAUAUUAUUUAUAUAUGUAUCCUAUUUAUUCCAUAAAAACUAGAAAUAUU